GAAGCAGCUAUUUACUUAGUCACUUGCCAAUAUGAAAGGGCUCCAGCGAUUACAGAAGGAGGACAUGGUUAAGAAUUAAAAGUCAACACCACAGGAAUAAAGUUAAUACUGGACUACGUCAGCCGUGGCACGAGGACAUUCACUGCCAACACACCAGUGGCAGUACUGAAAAUAGAAACUUGAAGGGGAGCUUCAGACAACAAAGGAGUUCAACAAGCUCAUUGUGUGGGUGUUGCUCAAUGAACAAUGAUGAAGCUUUUAUCUUGUAAAAUCACCUCAGUCCACUUGCUGCUGUGUGUCUUCCUCAGCCUACUUUUGGGUGUCACUGACUCCAGCACAAACUCAUCAACGGACGAAACACAGAAAACAACAGUGACAAAAGCCACAGAAGCAGUGAAAACCACUCCUCGUAACACAGAGGAGUUCAAAUCAGUUGGACAAAAUGAGACCAGUAUAACUCUGCAAUGGAAGAAAGUGAAUAGCAUCCUCAACUAUGUACUUGAGUUCAAUGGAAAGGUGAUAAACGUCACUGCAUUAGAGGGACAAGAACACGUGACAGAUACAAUCAUGGAACUCACAAGUGGGACUAAAUACGAUUUCAGUCUCUUCACUGUGUUUGAAAAUGUAACAAGUAGUGGAGUAGACAUCACUGCAGUCACUGCUCCUCGUAACACAGAGGAGUUCAAAUCAGUUGGACAAAAUGAGACCAGUAUAAAUCUGCAAUGGAAGAAAGUGAAUGGCAUCCUCAACUAUGUACUUGAGUUCAAUGGAAACGAGAUAAACGUCACUGCAUCAGAGGGACAAGAACACGUGACACAUACAAUCAUGGAACUCACAAGUGGGACUAAAUACAAUUUCAGUCUCUUCACUGUGUUUGAAAAUGUAAGAAGUAGUGGAGUAGACAUCACUGCAGUCACUGCUCCUCGUAACUCAGAGGAGUUCAAAUCAGUUGGACAAAAUGAGACCAGUAUAACUCUGCAGUGGAAGAAAGUGAAAGAAGCCCUCAGUUAUAUCAUUUUGUUCAAUGGAAACGAGAUAAACGUCACUGCAUCAGAUAGACAAGAACACGUGACACAUACAAUCAUGGAACUCACAAGUGGGACUAAAUACGAUUUCAGUCUCUUCACUGUGUUUGAAAAUGUAACAAGUAGUGGAGUAAACAUCACUGCAGUCACUGCUCCUCGUAACUCAGAGGAGUUCAAAUCAGUUGGACAAAAUGAGACCAGUAUAACUCUGCAAUGGAAGAAAGUGAAUGGCAUCCUCAACUAUGUACUUGAGUUCAAUGGAAAGGUGAUAAACGUCACUGCAUCAGAGGGACAAGAACACGUGACACAUACAAUCAUGGAACUCACAAGUGGGACUAAAUACAAUUUCAGUCUCUUCACUGUGUUUGAAAAUGUAAGAAGUAGUGGAGUAGACAUCACUGCAGUCACUGCUCCUCGUAACUCAGAGGAGUUCAAAUCAGUUGGACAAAAUGAGACCAGUAUAACUCUGCAGUGGAAGAAAGUGAAAGAAGCCCUCAGUUAUAUCAUUUUGUUCAAUGGAAACGAGAUAAACGUCACUGCAUCAGAUAGACAAGAACACGUGACACAUACAAUCAUGGAACUCACAAGUGGGACUAAAUACAAUUUCAGUCUCUUCACUGUGUUUGAAAAUGUAAGAAGUAGUGGAGUAGACAUCACUGCAGUCACUGCUCCUCGUAACUCAGAGGAGUUCAAAUCAGUUGGACAAAAUGAGACCAGUAUAACUCUGCAGUGGAAGAAAGUGAAAGAAGCCCUCAGUUAUAUCAUUUUGUUCAAUGGAAACGAGAUAAACGUCACUGCAUCAGAUAGACAAGAACACGUGACACAUACAAUCAUGGAACUCACAAGUGGGACUAAAUACGAUUUCAGUCUCUUCACUGUGUUUGAAAAUGUAAGAAGUAGUGGAGUAAACAUCACUGCAGUCACUGCUCCUCGUAACACAGAAGAGUUCAAAUCAGUUGGACAAAAUGAGACCAGUAUAACUCUGCAAUGGAAGAAAGUGAAUGGCAUCCUCAACUAUGUACUUGAGUUCAAUGGAAAGGUGAUAAACGUCACUGCAUCAGAGGGACAAGAACACGUGACACAUACAAUCAUGGAACUCACAAGUGGGACUAAAUACGAUUUCAGUCUCUUCACUGUGUUUGAAAAUGUAACAAGUAGUGGAGUAGACAUCACUGCAGUCACUGCUCCUCGUAACUCAGAGGAGUUCAAAUCAGUUGGACAAAAUGAGACCAGUAUAACUCUGCAAUGGAAGAAAGUGAAUGGCACCUUCAGCUAUAUCAUUUUGUUCAAUGGAAACGAGAUAAACGUCACUGCAUCAGAGGGACAAGAACACGUGACACAUACAAUCAUAGAACUCACAAGUGGGACUAAAUACGAUUUCAGUCUCUUCACUGUGUUUGAAAAUGUAAGAAGUAGUGGAGUAAACAUCACUGCAGUCACUGCUCCUCGUAACACAGAAGAGUUCAAAUCAGUUGGACAAAAUGAGACCAGUAUAACUCUGCAGUGGAAGAAAGUGAAAGAAGCCCUCAGUUAUAUCAUUUUGUUCAAUGGAAACGAGAUAAACGUCACUGCAUCAGAGGGACAAGAACACGUGACACAUACAAUCAUGGAACUCACAAGUGGGACUAAAUACAAUUUCAGUCUCUUCACUGUGUUUGAAAAUGUAAGAAGUAGUGGAGUAGACAUCACUGCAGUCACUGCUCCUCGUAACACAGAAGAGUUCAAAUCAGUUGGACAAAAUGAGACCAGUAUAACUCUGCAAUGGAAGAAAGUGAAUGGCAUCCUCAACUAUGUACUUGAGUUCAAUGGAAAGGUGAUAAACGUCACUGCAUCAGAGGGACAAGAACACGUGACACAUACAAUCAUGGAACUCACAAGUGGGACUAAAUACAAUUUCAGUCUCUUCACUGUGUUUGAAAAUGUAAGAAGUAGUGGAGUAGACAUCACUGCAGUCACUGCUCCUCGUAACACAGAAGAGUUCAAAUCAGUUGGACAAAAUGAGACCAGUAUAAAUCUGCAAUGGAAGAAAGUGAAUGGCAUCCUCAACUAUGUACUUGAGUUCAAUGGAAAGGUGAUAAACGUCACUGCAUCAGAGGGACAAGAACACGUGACACAUACAAUCAUGGAACUCACAAGUGGGACUAAAUACAAUUUCAGUCUCUUCACUGUGUUUGAAAAUGUAAGAAGUAGUGGAGUAGACAUCACUGCAGUCACUGCUCCUCGUAACUCAGAGGAGUUCAAAUCAGUUGGACAAACUGAGACCAGUAUAAAUCUGCAAUGGAAGAAAGUGAAUGGCAUCCUCAGCUAUAUCAUUUUGUUCAAUGGAAAGGUGAUAAACGUCACUGCAUCAGAGGGACAAGAACACGUGACACGUACAAUCGUAGAACUCACAAGUGGGACUAAAUACGAUUUCAGUCUCUUCACUGUGUUUGAAAAUGUCAGAAGUAGUGGAGUAAACAUCACUGCAGUCACUGUUCCCACAAUGGUGGCUUUGGUCAAUGUGACUGAACGCUCUGUUACCAGCGUAACCCUGCAGUGGAAUGUGGAUGUGGAGAAAAACUGGAACUACACUCUUCAAAUUAAUGGGGAAACCUUUCAAGUUCCCCAAAAUGGAUCCUUGAAUGUUGUGUCACAGUCAUCGCAAUCUCUCCAGCCUGGAACAGAGUAUGCAUUCAGCGUGACCACGGUAUUCUCUGGACUCAAAAGCACUCCUUAUAAAGGCUUCAUAGUGACAGCCAUAGACUGUACCAAUGUGUCCUGGCAUGUUACUAACUUAUCGAUCCAAGGAGUGAUUGAAGGCUUGUUCUCGAAUGCAACAGCCACUAAUAAAUCCCAAACUCAUGUCAGUCCUGGAGGUCGCAAUGUGUCAUUUUCUGGUCUUUACCCCGGUGCAACCUAUACAGUGUCUCUUGUGUAUGAAAGAAAUUCCACACGCUUUCAACAGUGUAGCCACAAUCUGACAAUCAUUCCUCCAGAUUUAAGUGCUCACUGUGAGUACUGGGCAGCUGGCUACUCUGUCUUUAUUGUCUGGAAUAAGCCGGCUGGAGUGUGGACUUCAGUCGAGGUUAAUGUGACUGGGAAAACUCAUAAAGUGGAAAAUGGGGAACAGCAUAUCAAAAUAUCUGGAUUCCUACCUGCCAGAACAUAUGAGGUGUCUUUAGCUUCACUGUCUGGGACCGUCAGGAGUUAUAAACCAAUUGUUUUUUCAUGUCCUACCGAUCCAAGAGGAGUCAUUGCAGGGUCAGUUUUUGCUGUGCUUCUUUUUGGUCUCCUGGUUGGUCUGAUUGUCUUGAUUAUGCUUAAAAGACCAGAUAUCAUCAGCAGAAGAAAGAUGUUCAUCGGUGGUUCCAUACUAUCUAAUAAAAAGUGCAUAGCUAUUCCGGUGACGAAGUUUCCAGACCACUUCUACCAAUUAAGUGCAGAUGAGAACAGAGGUUUCAGUGAGGAAUAUGAGAAUCUCAUUCCUGUUGGCACUGAGCAGACACGCAAGGAAGCUGUUCUACCUGAGAACAAAGCGAGGAAUCGUUUCAACAAUGUCCUGCCAUAUGACUGGUGUCGGGUGAAGCUAACUACAUCAAAUUCCAACGGGACCUCCGACUACAUUAAUGCCAAUUACAUGCCAGGCUACAACAGCAACAGAGAGUACAUUGCCACUCAGGGUCCUCUGCCCUACACAGUCAAUGAUUUCUGGAGGAUGAUCUGGGAACAAAGAGUGAAACGCAUCGUCAUGGUUACCAACUGCACUGAGGGAGGAAGGACUAAGUGUGAACAAUACUGGCCUGCUGAUAGCAGGCCUUGCCUUCACGGAGAGCUGUUGGUCACCAUCACGUCUGUGCAGCAGGAGCCCAACUGGACAUUGAGGGAAUUUAGGAUGAAACAUAGGAACACCUCAGAGGAGCGCAUGGUGAAACAUUUUCACUUCACUGCCUGGCCUGACCAUGGCGUCCCACAGGGCACAGAAGUCCUGAUCCAGUUCAGGGGACUGGUGAGGCAACAUAUAGAGAAAGAAGGGACUGGAGCACCGACCGUAGUGCACUGCAGUGCUGGAGUGGGGAGGACAGGCACUAUCAUCGCCCUAGAUGUGUUGCUCCAGCAGCUAGGGAAAGAAAGAGCAGUGGACAUCAACGGUUUUGUGCACAAGAUGAGACUGUGUCGACCAUACAUGGUGCAGACAGAGUCCCAGUAUGUUUUCCUGCACCAAUGCAUCAUGGACAGUCUGCAGGCACACGACAAGCUUGAAGAGAACAUAUAUGAGAACUCAGACAUGAUUUAUGCUAAUGCCACUGCACUCCAAGAGUUUCACUCAAAUGCCUAAACUAAACAAGAUUGUGCACUUCAUGACAAACUAAUUCAAGUCUACAUACUUUGUAUAUUGUUAUAAAGUGUAAAUAUGAAAAACAUUUGAGCCUUAUAUAUUUAGUGUAUAUGCAUAGUUUCCCUUUUAUAUGCAAAGUUAUUAUCAUCAUCAUCAUCAUCAUCAUCAUCAUGUGAGGGAACAAUACUCCUGCUGACCAAAGAAUGUUUUCAAAUUGAAUUUAUUUAUAAGAAAUGUAGGUAGAUAAGUAUGUUUUUUAUUUGUACAAGAAAUAAAGUAUUUUUAGUAACAAAAUCA